GUCCCGUUUCACCAGACCCUCCACGCUAUAAACAUCCCUACAUUAUUAAUCAAUCAAACAAACAAACAAACCCAAAUUAAUUUAAAAACACAAUCCACCAACUGCUCAGCAAAAAAAAAAAAAAAAGAUGGCUAUAACCGGGAAGUCCUCCUCCUCCUCCUCAUCCGGCGUCGUUCUGGCGGCGGCGGCGGCUCUACUGCUGCUUCUUCUCCUGGCAAUUACGACGCUAGCCGCCGACGACGAAAACGCGUGCGGGGUCAACAUCCCCGACGUGGCGACCGACUGCAAGGACUACGUGUGGAAAGGGUCGGAGCAGCAGGACCCCUCGCCGCCGUGCUGUAAAGACAUCGAGGGCGCCGACGUCGGCUGCGCGUGCAAGAAGCUCCUCACCGCCGAGGUGCAGUCGCUGCUGGACAUGAACCACGUCGUCUACGUCGGCAGGAAGUGCGGCCUCUCCAUCCCCAAGGGCACCAAGUGCGGCGAUUUCGUCGUCAACAAUUGAAGGGCUUCGUCGUUGGAAGGUAGUGGACGGAGUGAAGGGGAUCGGUGAUCAAAGAUAUCUACGACGCACUUCCUAUACACGACGUCGUAUCAUGGGUUAUUGGUUAUUGCUAUGUAAUAUAAGUCGGUGAAUAUGUGCGUAAAUAAUUACGUGCACGUUGAUCGCAUGCAUGAAGUAAACUAUUAGAGAGUAUUGUGUGACGCAUAAGGUGGAGGUUCAAUCGUAAUUAUUGAAUUUAAUCAUAAAUAAGAGUUGACA